GGGGGGAGGCGGGGCGAAGCCGGCCAGGCCCCGCGACCCUGCACAGCUCAGCCUGUUUGACUGGCAGGCUGCGGUGGCGCGGUUGCGAAGGCAGGUGCCCUGCCAGCAGCCUCGCGUCCAGCCCACCGGGCGGCUGUGGACAGAGAAUGUGGAGACCGGCUGCUGCGUGGGGGAGUCGCUGUCCGCAGAGGUAGGCCCCUGCUCCCCGACUCAGGUGAGACCGGGCCAGCAUGGGGGACGCCAGGGACCUGUGCCCUCACCUGGACUCCUUAGGGGAGGUGACCAAAGACGACUUGCUGCUCAAAUCAAAGGGGACCUGCCAGUCGUGCGGAGUGUCUGGGCCAAACCUGUGGGCCUGUCUCCAGGUGUCCUGCCCCUACGUAGGCUGCGGAGAAUCCUUCGCCGACCACAGCACCAUCCAUGCGCAGUUGCAAAGGCACAACCUGACGGUGAACCUGACCACGUUCCGGGUGUGGUGUUACGCCUGCGAGAAGGAGGUGUUCCCGGAGCAGCGGCUGGCGGCCCCCCUGCCGGCCGCCCCGCCCCGCCUCUUCGAGCAGGACUCCCCGCCGCCUUCCCGCCCUCUGAGAGCCGUGCCCAUCGCCGUGGCCGACGAGGGGGAGUCCGAGUCAGAGGACGAUGACCUGAAACCUCGAGGCCUCACGGGCAUGAAGAACCUGGGGAACUCCUGCUACAUGAACGCCGCGCUGCAGGCCCUGUCCAACUGCCCCCCGCUGACCCAGUUCUUCCUGGAGUGCGGCGGCCUGGUGCGCACCGACAAGAAGCCCGCCCUGUGCAAGAGCUACCAGAAGCUGGUGUCCGAGGUCUGGCACCGGAAGCGCCUGAGCUACGUGGUCCCCACCAGCCUGUCCCACGGGAUCAAGUUGGUCAACCCCAUGUUCCGAGGCUACGCCCAGCAGGACACCCAGGAGUUCCUGCGCUGCCUGAUGGACCAGCUGCACGAGGAGCUCAAGGAGCCGGUGGUGGCGGUGGCCGCGGCCCUGACGGAGGCCCGGGACUCGGACCUGAGUGACUCGGACGAGAAGAGGGAGGGCGACCGCAGCCCGUCGGAGGACGAGUUCCUGUCCUGCGACUCCAGCAGCGACAGGGGCGAGGGCAGCAGCCAGGGCCGCGGCGAGGGCGGCUCGGUGGAGGCGGAGCUGCUGAUGGGCGAGGAGGCGGGCCGUGCCAUCUCCGAGAAGGAGCGCAUGAAGGACCGCAAGCUCUCCUGGGGCCAGCAGCGCACCAGCUCCGAGCAGGUGGACGAGGACGCGGACGUGGACACCGCCCUGGACCCCCGGCCCCCGGCGGCCCAGCCCCCAUCGCCACGGUCCGCCAGCCCCUGCCGGACACCAGAGCCCGACAACGAGGCCCACAUGCGCAGCGCGUCCCGGCCCUGCAGCCCCGCCCACCACCACGAGGGCCACGCCAAGCUGGCCAGCAGCCCUCCCCGCGCCAGCCCCGUGAGGAUGGGGCCGGCCUACGUGCUCAAGAAAGCCCCGGGGCCGAGCUCAGGCAGCCGGCGGCGGAAGGAGCAGCACUACCGCAGCGUCAUCUCCGACAUCUUCGACGGCUCCAUCCUCAGCCUGGUGCAGUGCCUCACCUGUGACCGGGUGUCCACGACGGUGGAGACGUUCCAGGACCUGUCGCUGCCCAUCCCGGGCAAGGAGGACCUGGCCAAGCUGCACUCGGCCAUCUACCAGAGCGCGCCCGCCAAGCCCGGCUCCUGCGGGGACGGCUACGCCGCCCAGGGCUGGCUCGCCUUCAUCAUGGAGUACAUCCGACGGUUUGUGGUGUCCUGUACCCCCAGCUGGUUUUGGGGGCCGGUCAUCACCCUGGAGGACUGCCUCGCUGCCUUCUUCGCUGCGGAUGAGCUGAAGGGAGACAACAUGUACAGCUGCGAGCGGUGUAAAAAGCUGCGCAACGGGGUCAAGUACUGCAAGGUGCUGCGGCUGCCCGAGAUCCUGUGCGUCCACCUGAAGCGCUUCCGGCACGAGGUCAUGUACUCGUUCAAGAUCAGCAGCCACGUCUCCUUCCCCCUCGAGGGGCUCGACCUGCGCCCCUUCCUGGCCAAGGAGUGCACGUCCCAGAUCACCAGCUACGACCUGCUGUCCGUCAUCUGCCACCACGGCACGGCGGGCAGCGGCCACUACAUCGCCUACUGCCAGAACGUCAUCAACGGGCAGUGGUACGAGUUCGACGACCAGUACGUCACCGAGGUCCACGAGACCGUGGUGCAGAGCGCCGAGGCCUACGUGCUCUUCUACAGGAAGAGCAGCGAGGAGGCGGUGCGGGAGCGGCAGCAGGUGGUGUCGCUGGCCGCCAUGCGGGAGCCCAGCCUGCUGCGCUUCUACGUGUCCCGGGAGUGGCUCAACAAGUUCAACACCUUCGCAGAGCCGGGGCCCAUCACCAACCACACCUUCCUCUGCUCCCACGGAGGCAUCCCGCCCAACAAGUACCACUACAUCGACGACCUGGUGGUGAUCCUGCCGCAGAGCGUGUGGGAGCACCUGUACGGCAGGUUUGGGGGCGGGCCCGCGGUGAACCACCUGUACGUGUGCUCCGUCUGCCAGGUGGAGAUCGAGGCGCUGGCCAAGCGCAGGCGGGCGGAGAUCGACACCUUCAUUAAGCUGAACAAGGCGUUCCAGGCCGAGGAGUCGCCCGGCGUCAUCUACUGCAUCAGCAUGCAGUGGUUCCGCGAGUGGGAGGCCUUCGUCAAGGGCAAGGACAACGAGCCCCCCGGCCCCAUUGACAACAGCCGGAUCGCGCAGGUGAAAGGCAGCGGCCACAUCCAGCUGAAGCCGGGCGCCGACUACGGGCAGAUCUCCGAGGAGACCUGGGCCUACCUGCACAGCCUGUACGGCGGCGGCCCCGAGAUCGCCAUCCGGCACAGCGUGGCCCAGCCGCCCGACCCGGACAGCCUGCACGGCGAGCAGAAGAUCGAGGCCGAGACCCGGGCCCUGUGACCUCCGGGCUGUCUGUGAGCCCCCUCCUUCUCCAGAGACCCCCGGUGUCCCUGAGCCGGGGCCCCGUGCCCUCCUCGCUGCGGGGGCGAGCUGCCCUGAGGAGAGCCAGUGGCGGGAGAGGCAGGCGGUUGGGCCCAGCGGGUCUCCGUCCCGGCCCCGCCCCCUCGGCCAGCGGAGGCCCAGCCUUAGCGCCGAGCUCUCAGCAGGGGCUUUGGGACAGAGGGUCCGAGAGGCCGGGGCUUCGUGGGCGUUUCCACGGGGGCCUGGUCCAGGCCCGAGGCCCGCCUCCCCCGCACCUCCCCCGUCAGAGAGACUCCGAAUGCUGGGCUGCUCUGCUUGGAGCCUCACUCCGGAGGGCUGUGUCCGAGGCCACGACCCGGCCUGUGCGGGCUGGACCGGCCCCCAGGAGCCGGUGGGGAAACGCGCUCUCGCUGCUGCCAUUUGCUGCUCAUGCAGCUCCCAGGGCGGCCAGGAGGGAGAAGCUCCGCCCGCCUAGCGCCCAUCGCCCAGCGCCGGCCCGGCCGGAGGUGUGGCCCGGAGCGCCCUCUGGGUGCUGAGUGAGGCCGCUGCGGCCGAAGUGAAGUGGGGGGGGGGGGGGGUCCCGGAACCAGAGCCCCAGACACUGUGGACUUCAGUCUCCGAAGCCGCAGGUGUGGCGGGACCCCAGCGGGCUGGGCCCUGCAGCUCAGGCCUCGGCCUCGGCCUCGGACCCGGGGCCUCCCCGGCGAUGGCAGAGCAGCCCCUGGGGUUCUGGGCGUUUGCCGCGGUGUUUGGAGAACUGCUCCUGCACCACAGGGACCCCCAGCCCAGGGCCACGGUGUGUGUCGCCCUGUGGGUGACACGGAGCUUCCGAGGUGCGGGCUGGGAGCUGGCCCACGUCUGUGCCGUGUAGUCUGUGUGCGAGAUGCAGAAUAAAGCACCCAUGUUCCCC